AUCAUGAUGAAGCUGUUUCUAUUAAAACCAUCAAAAAUUGCUGGCUCUAUACAAAAAUUAUAUCUCCUUGUGAUAAUAAUGAAACAUCUAUCAUUCUUUCUACUUAUAUUAAUAACAAUGAAGCUAUAAAUAAAUAUUUACCUAUAAAUCCAAAUGAUGCUAAGGAACUUCAGCAAGUGAUUGAUAUAUUAUGUGUUUGCUAUCCAAUAUCUCUAGAAGAUUUGUUAAAAGCUAAAGAACAUGAAGGUGCUCUGAAGAUUGUUGAUAAAAGAAUUAAUGAUAGUGGGGUAAUGAUAAAGUCCUUAUACAAACUACAAGCCUGUAUCCAUGAAGAAGUUCGAAAAGAAGAGGCUAAAAGACUGAUUCAAACUACAUUAGA